AUGAUGGAACCACCAGAAGCACACAAUCAGGCGAAGCUGCUUCGUCGUCUUUUCAGCAAUACAUCAAUCAGGAAACCACCGACCCAGGACAGCAUGAUGUGCUUCAAGGGAGAGGCGAAGAAGCAAACAAUCAUAGGGGAACAUCAAGUUGAGGCAGAUUGUCCUCGAAUGCAGAGAAGCAUACAGGAUAGCAUCCAAGAUGGACAAACCGGAAGUGGCAAGAAAACUGGUGGCACAAUGGAGAAGACUGGAACCCCCAGGGCGAUUCCAUUCCUGGCCAAAACAAGCCAAACUGAUGCCCAGGGGGGAAGCCUAUGGGUAGAUGCUGGGGACAAGGCAGCACAGAGGCGAGCCUCCAAAACCUUGUGGGAACGAGAGAGAAAGCGACCGCCUCCAGGUCCCAGUGCUGUCUUGUUUGCGCAAGCCACAAGCCAUACUGCGGACUCCCUCUGCAAGAUUGCUCACGUCAACAUCCAAUGCCUAUGCUAUGAACAGCAGCUACGGUGGCAGCCAUGGCAGAAAGUUGUCCUGCCCCCGCCAUGGCUCUGGGCUCACAUCUUGACCCGUCGCUCAUGUGCAACUUGGAGCAGACAAUGCUAUGGCGACUUCGGCAGCAAAGUAGUAAUCAACACCCCGACCCUCGUUUUGGAGUCACACACAUCAAGACGGGCACAAGUACUAACUGUAACAGCAGUGCCAACAGCUUUGCCAGCGGCGCCCAAUGACAGAAUACUGCGGGCUGCAGCCGAUCUUGCCAAGACAACGUUUGGGCGAAGUGGUAGCAAUAGUGAGGCAUACCAGCUACUGAGCUGUCUGUGA